UCAUCACACCCGGACGAGAGGCGGGGCUGGGUGUUGCAAUCUGCACUCCAUUUGGUAUCAGCCAAAGCAAGAGUACUGAGAACUGAAAGCCCUGCAGGGAGGGGGGACGAGCAGACUAAUAAUAGAGUAAGUCUGCGUCAUUCUGGAAGCCUGAGAAGAGCUGGGAGCGGAGCGCGCAGAGUGCUAGAGCUGACUCGGGGCUGCUGCAGGUGACCGCUCCGCUCUCUAGCCAUACGCGUACCCCUAUCCAAGGGCACCCUGCACUCUCAGUACAAGGGGGCGCAGAGUGCGCCAAGCUAGCUGAACACCUGACCAAGAGGAAAAGAACAGACUCAUACCUGCGCAUUCAUUUCUUACAACGGUGCAGGUUGAGCCAUUUGAACGGCGCUAUACCUAGCACUUUGGGAUCUGAACUGAAAACUCAUCUCUCUAGCGAGUGGAUCUAAAGGAAUUUGAACAUUUAAGUGUGUUCGCCGUGGAUAUCAAACCGUUAUAAUUGUAAAAACACAAGCAGUUGAAAGUAAGCGUGUGUACUGGUUUAGGUCUGGGCACUACUGGUGUGCGGUGUGGUCUGUGUACAAACUGAUCUGCCGCUCGCAAGGGGACAAAGGAGAGGAAGCGCCUUGGUGGCAUCCUUGGGGAACAAAGACAUCGUCCCGUAUUAGUUACUUCCAAGAUCCUGUAACCAUCUGACUCGACAAAGGAAGCCGUUUUCCUGAAGGAAAAACAACAACAAUUAAAGUUAUAGCUGGCUUUUCCCCCUUUCAUUGCGUGGCUUUCUCCCCCUUUUCUACCACAUCUCUCAUCUCGGACUCCCCUAGACCAUUUGGGAUUUAAAGUGUCGGGGCCGCAGUGGCCUUUGAGUUACUUUCUUGGUAUUGUUCCUUGUUAGCAGGAGUUCGAUACUAGUCGUGUGUAAAACAUGAAUGGUGGCUUGUACAGCACAAAGACCUCCACUCACUUUUAGGUCUGCUGCAGGGGGCAACCAAAAGGGAUUCCACGUGUCCUCCUGGAAAACUUGCUUCAGCCAAGCUUAAAAACAUCAUCCAGGACUGAGGUGAUCAAAACCCAGGAUAUCGCACAAAUACGCAGACUGCCCGACACCUAGGAACUAACCUACUUUCAGAAGAGAAGCCUUUGAACUUGUGAUAAAAGCUAACGAAUACACAUCUCAAACGAUGAAUCUAAACGUUCAGCAGCUGCCUGUCUCUGUACCUACAAGGAAGAAAAAAAUAGAUGAUGGCUCCAGUUUGGAAGCACCCAAGUCUAAACGGCUGUGUACAAAACAGUCCCCUUCACCAGGGCUUGCCCCCUGUCUGCACCCUGUCAUACAAGCGUUUGGUUCUUCUGAUGCAGAGCCCCAUGUUGCCAUCAUUGGACAGUAUAUCCUGCUGGAAGCCACGGAGGGCACUCAGACAUUUCGAGCUGUUCACAGGCAUACCGAGCAAGAAUUCACUUGUAAGGUAUUUAGUACUAAGAAGUACCAUGACAUCAUUUCACCAUUUGUUCAUCUCCCACCUCACCCAAACAUUGCUCAAAUCGAAGAAGUCAUUUUGGGGGACCAGAAUGCAUAUGUGUUUUUCAGACGCAGCCACGGGGACAUGCAUUCACAUGUGAGGACCUGCAAACGACUUCAAGAGGAAGAGGCAAGUUCUCUUUUCAAACAGAUGGCUGAGGCAGUGUCACAUUGUCAUAGACACGGCAUCAUACUUCGGGAUCUGAAGCUGCGCAAGUUUGUCUUUCAAGACAAAGGAAGAACAAAGUUGAUGCUGGAAAAUCUUGAAGACUCUGUUAUCCUCAAAGGUGACAAUGAUUUUCUCAUGGACAAACAUGGCUGCCCAGCAUAUGUGGGUCCAGAAAUCCUCAACUCGAAGACCUCCUAUUCAGGGAAGGCUGCUGACGUAUGGAGCCUUGGGGUAAUUUUGUAUACAAUGCUAGUGGGACGUUACCCUUUCCAGGACACUGAACCAACAGCCCUCUUCAGUAAAAUACGACGAGGAAUCUUCACAAUUCCUGACGCACUUUCCCCCAGAGCUAAAUGCCUCAUUCGCUGCCUCCUGAGAAAGAAUCCAUCUGAGAGACUAACUGCCAGUGAGAUUCUGUUACAUCCCUGGUUAGUGAACAAUAACACAAGUUUUAUAAACACUAACGCUGGUCCAGCUGACAGAAGGACAUCAGACCAAAUUGUACCGGACAUUGAACAAUAUGAGGAAACUGAUUACAUGUAGAGAAUGUGCAAUGAGGAACUGAAAUAGUUCUUUCCAAACCCUAGAGUGGUAUGCCUUCUAGGAAUGCAGGGUUUGGAUUAUGUAGGGAACACCUACAGUUACUGCUGGAUUUGACUAAACGAUCAUAUAAGAUACUGGGGCCACAAACAAAUGGAAAAAAAGUGGAAGUGUGAAAUAAGCAUGCAAACAGGGUGUUGGGCAGUGAACACUGUAAUGUAGAAAAUGUGACUGAACAUUGGUGGACCAGUAAGAAUUACGAACUGAAUAAACAGCAGAGCUUUCUAGGUGAGGAUUUGAUAACCUGAACUGCAGUGUAAUAAACUGUUUGAACAGAACAUUUGGGGGGGAACUGCCUUAGAAGGAGCUGAAGGAGAAAGCAGUCUAGUCGAGUAGUUGUGAAUUUCUUUUUUUCACCCUAUAGGGUGAAAGAAGGUUUGUUAAAUUUCAAUUUGGGUUUGCAGGAUUUGUUACACUGUAGCAGAAUGCAGUUCCAUUCCUGAGUGGAAAAGAGAUGUCGUGUAGCAGGACUCAUGAGGAUUUGUUACACUGUAGCAGAUGCAGUCCCAUUCCUGAGUGGAAAAAGAGAGAGUGUAGCAGGACUUGUGGCCACAGGGUUGGCACUGGAGAAUUCUGUGUCUGGUUAGUCCAAGAGGAGACCCAGGGUUCAGGAGAAGGGGUUCCAAGUAGUGUGUUUCUGUAGCAUAUAAGCCAUCAUAUACCUCAAGGACAUGUUCCUGUAAUACUUGAUAUGUAAAUUAACUCUGUGCCUUUUGCGGGGUUUCUUAUUAUAUCAGGAUCUGUGUGCUUUGUUUCUUUCCCAUGUUCAGAAAACGAGUAGUAGUUUCCAAAACUCAGGUAUUACUGACAGGGCUGAAUUUUGCUGCCACUUGCUCCCCCCCCACCCCAUUAUUUUCUUCCAAUAUCAUUCAGAAUUGAUUUACAAACUGACUUCUGAAACUGUAUCUUCAUAUGAUUUACCCUCUGCUUGUGCCACAGUUUCAUUGUAAAGGACUGUUAUGUCCCAGUUGGAUGCCAUAUGCUCCGAUUCAUUAGCACCAGCAUUGUUUUCCAUUUUAGAUUUUUGCAGUACUUGAAAAAGCAGACUUUUUGGUUGGUGUGAAUGAAGUCCUUCCAUGUUUCUUUCUUAAAAGCUACUGUAUAUGUAAAGUCAUGUGAAAACAGUGGAAUUAUUCCAUCUGGGAAGAAUACUUUUUCUGUAUGUGCUUGAAGGAAGAUGAUUUGCCCUACCAUCAGAACUAAAUGUAUAGUUUCAUUCGACUGGAUGUGUAGACGGUGGCUUCUCUAUGCCAUUACUAUUUUUUUGGCUUUGAUACUUAGUCUUAUCGCCGUCUUCGUUUCCCCUAGUACUACAGUAGACGUCAUAGCAAUCAAACCCAAAGCUUUAAACUUUUAAAAAGAGGCCAUGAAUCAAAUUUGUAGGUGAAUCAACCUGCUAAUAUGAAAUGUGGGGGGUAAAAACCCACUUAAUUUGGCAGUUGCAGAAUUUUUAUUUUUGCAUAAGGGACAAUAACUCGCAAAUAACUUGGAUCUGUAGGCACAAGAUUUUUCAUUCCGUACUGAGAUAUUGCUUAAUGUUCUUUCCACAACAGAAGCUAUCUUUGGACCAUUUGGGGUUGCUUUGUAUAGUAAAGGCUCAGCUUUUAUGUGGUGAAGCUUGCAUUUUGAGGCCCAUGACAAUUCUAUACCAGAGGCAGUAUUGUAAAUCUCUACUGUUUGAAAGAGGCACAUCAAAUGAUUUUUCAUUUCUUUAGAAGCAAUGCAUAGCACCAGCUCUUAUGACUACAGUAUACAGGAAGACAGGGCAUAUGUAAAUGUAUUUUUUUACAAAAGUAAUUUUUUUUUUUUUUAUUAAAUAUUAAAACACUACGUUUUGAUAAUGCUGUUUGUGCACAAACACCAGCUGUAUAUUUUUGUGAAUUUGUACCAAUAAAAACUUGAAUAUCCAUUA